CAGAUGGAGUAUGACAAAGCAGAGCGUGAAAAGCUUAACGAAAAAGAAAAAGUCCAAAUGCAAGCUCCGAGCCGCUGAAGUAGUCUCUUUUGGUAAUAUCUCGGGUAGGAUCGCAAAGUCAAAGCAUUUUAUUGGCGGAUAAAUCCGGACGGUCAUUUCGUUGCCCGUUCUUGACGAAUAAGUCCAGUUUAUUUAGUUUUCCUGAUCUGCUGAAAGAGAAGUAGGAGGCGGGAAAGGAGGUUUGAGCUUGAGACAUGGCGACAACAAAACUCCUAAACACAACAGCAAUGAUGAUGACCACCGGUGUCUAUUACGAAGACAUAAACGAUACUCUUUACGACGACGCUUCUGAGGUCGAUGAUCGCGGAGAGGGUCAUCGUUAUAGUGAUGAUGAUACUCUCUUCGCCAUGGUCAUCCUCUACUUCAAAAUUGUCAUCAACAUCGUGGGCAUCUUCGGCAACGUCGUGGUCAUUCUAUUGAUCACGUUAUGCCGCGAUCUCCAUACCGCAGCCAACUACCACUUCCUGAAUAUGGCUGUUGCGGACUUCAUUCUCCUCCUCGAGAACAUGGUGAGGAGGGUCAGCAACGUCAUCGACGUCGAUCUCCUACGGUCAUGGAACUGCGUUCCAGUCUAUCUUCAUACGGUGGUUGUUCAGACGUCGUCGUUGACCUUAGCCGCCGUAUCCAUUGAUCGCUAUAAGCUCAUCGUCAGACCACUCAAGAACUUACAUGAAAGAUCAGCGCUUAACGUCACCAUCUCGCUUGUUGCAGUAUGGAUUGUUUCGUUCGUUCUCCACAUCCCAAUCGCACUCUUCACGGUCCAGACUGCUAGUUACUGCAAGACAGUAUUGCCAUGGGUCCAUGGAAAACUGGUCUUUGGUGUCUACAGCAACGUCGUCCUUUUCUACCUGCCCACGAGCAUCGUUCUCUUCUGCAAUCUGAGUAUCCUAGCCAAGAUCCGGCGAAAAAUGCCCGGCUUAAGAUUCCGCCAUCCCGCUUCGAAACCAAUCGAAACAUCCACCACCAGCAACGAGGGCAAUGACGAAAACUCAUCGAAGGACGCAACCAAUUAUCCUACCGCCACCCAAUCGUCUCCUGAAUCGAAAACGAAGCAAGUUAGCCGCAGAGGACGCAGUGCGCGCAUCGUCGUGACAGUGAUAUUCGCGUACAUCGCAUUCAACCUCCCGUUUUACGGCUUCUACACCGUUGCGCUCAUUCCCGGUGCCAUGUCUUGGAAUGUUUAUUUUACUGGUCACUUGUAUUUGGCUGUGCUAUUGCUAAUCAAUAGCGCCGUCAAUCCAUUCAUCUAUGCCUUGAUGGGUUCCAAAUAUCGAAAGCAUAUUCGACAGGUUGUGCGAUAUCUGUGUUGCUCAUUUAAGAUCUGCACCCCUUCUCCAGUCUCCGAAGUUCAUAACGACUAA